AUGACUGUGCAGAUACCUGUCCCUUCCCACCUCAUCGUGGUCUGCUGCCACGCUAUCUACCUGGGCCCGGGGACAGACUCUGCCAACCAAGACGAAUCCAACUGGCUGAUUGAACCCUUUCAAGCUGGUGAAACGGACACAUACAUCAGACACAUCGAAGCCGGAGUGAAGGAGCUAGCGAGAGGUAGGGAGGAUGCAAUUCUGGUGUUUAGCGGUGCGGCCACAAAGCCGGACAAGACGCAAACGACCGAAGGGGAAGGUUACUUGAACGUUGCUAUUGAGCACGACCUCUUCGGUCUGGAGACCUCUCCACCAUCACUGAGACAGCGGAUCUUCGUCGACCGCUACGCUACAGACUCAUAUCAAAACAUUCUCUGCUCGCUGAUCCAGUUCCCUGUCUUCGUUCAACAACUCCGUUCCCGGAACAUCUCGGAAGGCGCAACAUCAUCACCCUCGCGCUCACAGCAUACUCUGCCUGUUGCGGCGGCCAAGGAGCAGGAGAGCCGAACCGUUCGAACACCCUUCCCGACCAAGCUCACGAUAAUCUCCCACUCCUUCAAACGCUCCCGCUUUCUCGAGCUUCACCUCCCCGCCCUCCGCUUCCCGCUUGAAUCUACCACGUACAUCGGGAUCAACCCGCCCUUCAGCCCGACCAAGCUCGAAGAGAUCGAGGAGGGUGAUCGGCUUCGUGGCUACGGCGCGUGGGAGAAGGACUUGUACGGCACUGGUGAGGGCUUGAGCAGAAAGAGGGAGAAGAGAGGCUGGGAUGGCGAGAAGUUCAGAAGCGAGGUCUUGGAGAGGUUUAGCGAUGGCAGAUUGAGGAGGGAUCUGAAAGGUUUGGUGUGUUGGGAUGGUGGAAGCGAUGGGAUGACAUUGUGGCAGGGAAGCAUCCCAUGGGAGUAA